AUGUCAACAUUCUUCAACUCGGCCAAUGUGCCCAAGGAGGCGGGGUCCGAAGGACCCUCGAUUAUCAACCCAAGUUCUACGGCGAACGGAGCGACGCCCGCGAGUAUUGCUCCGAACAUUGUGUUGUCGUCUGAUUCCGAUCCGUUUGCUCGAGAUGGGACGUCUCCUAGGCCCCCCAGUGAUAUAGAGAGCACUCUGGUUGGGGGCUCCACCAGAGGUCCUACGCCUAUUGACCAGGUCAAUCAGAAGCAGACUGUCCCCGAAGAUCACGCCUCGCAGGUUCCAUCAUAUGAGCAAGCCACAGAGGGAUCUGACGAGAAGCGCUCGACGCAAGACCCGGUAGUCAAGGAUGAUGAGAAAAGCUCAAGUGAUAGUGAUGCGGAGAACAAAGAUGAAGGGCCGGAGCCUGAAUAUCCCACGGCGUGGAAAUUGGGCCUGAUAUCCAUUGCCUUGUGUUUAUGCGUGUUCUGUGUGGCGUUGGACAACACCAUCAUUGCUACCGCAAUCCCUAAAAUCACUGAUGAGUUCAAUUCACUCAAUGACGUGGGAUGGUACGGAAGUGCUUACUUACUCACGACCUGUGCCGUGACCUUGAUGUUUGGCAAAUUGUACACGUUUUACCCAGUCAAAUGGACAUAUCUCGUCGCGCUCACCAUCUUCGAGAUCGGUUCCUUGGUAUGUGCAGUCACGCCCAGUUCAGUGGGCUUGAUCUGUGGUCGAGCAAUAGCCGGCCUUGGAGCGGCGGGUCUCUUUUCGGGCUCCAUCUUGAUCAUUACGCAAAGUGUGUCCCUUGUCAAGCGUCCCUUAUACACCGGAAUCCUGGGUGCGAUGUUUGGAGUUGCCAGCGUCGCUGGGCCUCUCUUUGCUAACGUGGAAUCACUUUCUCAUUCUUCCAGCAUGGGCGGCGCAUUUACGGAUCGACUUUCUUGGCGCUGGUGCUUUUAUAUUAAUCUGCCCAUUGGUGGCGUCACCUUCUUUUUCAUCGUCUUCUUCUUCAAGGCCAGCAAGGCGCUUAAACCGACCUUGAGCUGGAAGGAGCAGCUUGCGGAAGUUGAUCUUCUUGGAUCCUGCUUCUUUCUGCCCGCCAUUAUCAGUCUGUUGCUUGCGCUGCAAUGGGGCGGAGUCAAAUAUCCUUGGAACAGUGGGCGCAUCAUCGCUCUAUUUGUCGUGUUCGGGGUGUUGAUUAUCAUCUUUGGGGUGAUCCAAUGGCGAGGCCAAGACCGCGCAACCGUCCCUCCACGAUUGAUCAAAAAUCGAAAUGUUUGGGGAUCGGCGUGGUACGCACUAGCGAUUGGUGCCGCCUACUUUGUGUUUGUCUAUUAUCGUUCUCGGGCUAAUGAUCAGCAGCUUCCCAUCUGGUUCCAAGCGAUCAAGGGCGCAUCCGCAGUCAAGUCGGGUAUCAUGAAUCUACCCACAAUCAUCAGCGUUGUGCUUCUGUCCAUCCUUGCGGGUGGACUUGUGACAGCCUGUGGGUACUACACGCCGUUCAUGAUCGCCUCAUCGAUCAUCCUGACCAUCGGUGCCGGUAUGCUUUCAACCCUUGCAGUCGACUCGGGCCACGCCAAGUGGAUCGGGUAUCAAGCGCUCUUCGGUAUCGGCCUCGGUCUAGGCAUGCAACAGCCGAUGAUCGUGGUGCAAACCGCCCUCAAACCUGUUGACGUCCCCAGUGGUACAGCCCUGGUGAUGUUUAGUCAAACUCUGGGCGGGGCGAUCUUCAUCUCGGUAGCCCAGAACAUUUUCCAAAAUCAACUUCUUCACUAUCUGCAGGUGGAGGCCCCUGACGCGAAUGCCGCCCAGCUGGUGGCAGGUGGAGCAACCAUGCUGCGGCAGCUCGUUUCGGGCACCCUCUUGCAGCAAGUCCUGCAUGCAUAUAAUGAUGCCAUCACGCAGACUUUCUAUGUCGCUGUUGCUAUGGGAGCCUUGUCAUUGAUCGGACCGAUCUUUGUCGAAUGGCUCUCAGUCAAGGGCAAGAAGGUCGAACCCGUUGCCGCCUGA